AUUUUACACGAAAUCCAAGGGAAGUGUGAAACAGCAGUGUUGUUAAUCCGGUAGCACAGUUCUCAUAUCUCCUUGUCAGUCACUGAGUUUUUAAACAAUUUCAAGAUAAAAGCAAAAAUGUAGCCCUAGUCCACCUUCCCCUUUCUUAUGUCUUCUCUUCGGUUUUCCCCUUUUUCCUCCUUGAAGCUGGUUCGUUAAUCCUGUAUGUAAAUUACAGCCAAUGGAUGUUGUUGUUGAGCAGGGCUGGGAUUAGAGACAGGGCGAAUGGCUUUCAAUCUUACUGAGAUUAUAGAACAAAGGGACUCCUGCUACACACACACAUACACAAAAAGAGAUUUUAUUUUGGGAGGGGGGUGGAAACAUAUCUCACACCCCCCUCUCUUCCUCAUCCCUCUGUGCAGACAGGAGCCAAGGGGGGUUGAUAGAAGACAGAUACAUAUCUAUUUGCACUGCGGAUUUGGGGAAGAUCGCUGCUGAUCUGAAGAGAAAUUACAACUCCCCCUUGUACAGCAACAGCCUCCUCCUGUCUUUAUUCAGAUUAAAGGAAGAAUCCCUCAGAUCUGGGUUGGUGGAGCUCGAACAUACAGAAGUACUGGGAUCCCUUUAAGAGUGGGCUGUCCUGACACCUAAAAAAGUGAACUUUUUUGCCUAAACUCCAUGGAAACUGAAUUGGACUAUAAUAUCGAAGUUGGCGUGGCCGUGAUUUACCCUCUGCGCAUGAACACUGACUGGCAAUGACGUUAUUGGCAUUAGCUGUAUAUGUGUAAAGGUUAAACUCGCUCUAUAUGCAGAUGAUUGACGGUUAAACUUGGCUACCAAGGAAGGAGGAAAAGGAGAACCUUUAAAAGAAGAAAUCUUCUUUCAGGAAGAAUAUGGCGUUGGCAGGAAAACAGUAUGAGGGAUCCCUGAACAACUCCAGACCUGAUAUGUGGAUCUCAUCUAUCCCUGGUGGGAAGGAUGAAAUCAUCACAAGCCUUGUAUCUGCCUUAGAUUCAAUGUGUUCUGCACUUUCGAAACUUAAUGCUGAAGUUGCCUGUAUUGCUGUUCAUGAAGAAAGUGCAUUUUUAGUGGGAACAGAGAAAGGGAGAUUUUUCUUAAACUCCAGAAAAGAGCUUCGGACUGAUUUUCAGAGGUUUUGUGCAUGUCCUCUUAAAAAGAACCAAGAACCCGAAACACAAAGGAGAAGCACAGACUGUAUUCAGAAUAUACAAAGACUGUCCCCAGCACCCGAAUCUGAUAUUUACCUGCUAAAGAAAAUGGUUGAGGAGAUCUUUGAUGUUCUCUAUAGCGAGGCCUUAGGUAUGCCUAAUAUUGUUCCUGUGCCAUAUGACAAAAUUAUGAAAGAUCCUGGAUGGUUAAUAGUUCAUGGUUUACCUGAUGGUGUAAGCUUCCGUAAACCUGCUGAUUACGAUCUAAAGAGCUUGAUGCUGAUCUUAGAGCACAGUCACCAGGUUUGCUUCAAACUGAAAAGACACGUUGAGGAGCCAAGUCGAGAGCCAGAGUGUGGUGUAGAUUUGAGCUGCUCACCUGUGGCAACAGCAUCAACAACAAAGGCCAUUACAGAGCCAGGCCCAAGUCCUAAAGUUCCCAAAUCAUCCAAUCACGACCAUCCAUCUAGUGCAUCUAACUUUAUUUACAACCUUUCACCAUCUAGUCAACUUUCCACAGAGGUAAAGCUAGAAGUUCACACAAACAUACAUGGCAUGAACACAGCCAAUGGAACACUGCACCACAGGCCGCCAGGAGAGCAGAUGCAGGACUUCUCAGAUUGUUGUGGGCAGCAGCCUUCUGUAUCAAGUAGCAGUCUUAUACAAAAUGUCCAGGCCUCUAAGCGGAUCCUAUUUUCCAUUGUGCAUGACAAGACAGAGAAAUGGGACAGCUUCAUUAAAGAGACAGAAGAUAUUAAUACCCUCAGGGAGUGUGUGCAGAUUCUGUUUAACAGCAGAUAUGCCGAAGCUUUAGGCCUUGACCACAUGGUACCUGUUCCAUACCGUAAGAUUGCCUGUGACCCAGAGGCAGUGGAGAUCAUUGGAAUACCAGAUAAAAUUCCAUUCAAAAGACCCUGCACAUAUGGAGUACCCAAACUCAAAAGAAUUCUGGAAAAAAGGCACAGUAUCUGCUUUGUUAUUAAAAGGAUGUUUGAUGAGAGAGUUUUUGCAGGUACUAAAUUUACCAAAGAAACUUCAAAGUCGGACUCUUCCAGUCUUGGGGAGGAGAACAGCAGUGAAUCCCAGAAGACAUUUGUCAUUGAUGCAGAUGGAUUAUCCCAGGAAAACAGAUCUGAAAAGAGCAGCUCAUCAGAUGAAUGUGAGCCAGGAAUAUCAGGCGAGCAAAGUGGAAUAAAACAUAUAAAAGUAGAACCUGAAGAUGCAGACUACAUACAAGUCACUGUUGCAGAUGCAUUCAGUCAAGAUCCAUUAGUUGACUGUGAGGCUAACCUGACUUCAGAAGACGUGAGUUAUGGGCUGGACUCUAGUAUAGCUUCUAAUGGUGGCCUCAGUGAAGACUCCAGAAGUGAUGAAGGAAUUGGAAAUAUAAUCAGACAGCUGCGGAAACGUGUUGAAAAUGUGUUCAAUACUAAAUAUGCUAAAGCAAUAGGAGCCUCAGGACCCGUUAAAGUGCCGUAUUCCAAGUUCUUGCUGUACCCUGAAGAUAUGUUUGUCGUGGGGUUGCCUGAAGGGAUCUCAUUCCGUCGUCCAAACUGCUUUGGAAUUUCAAAACUCAGAAGAAUCUUAGAAAGCAGUAAUAGCAUCCAGUUUUUUAUUAAAAGACCUGAACUUAUUUCUGAAGAACUGAAAGAUUGUAUUGAUAACAGUCCUGGGGCUCUAGGAGUCACUGAUAAAGAAUGUCAUGAUUCCUUAAUAGAUGAAACUUCAAAGAGGCUUAGUUUUCAAGAGAGUUAUGAUGCCAGACUCUCUCGGAUAGAUAUUGCCAACACACUGAGAGAACAAGUGCAGGAUCUCUUCAAUAAAAAAUAUGGUGAAGCACUUGGGAUAAAAUACCCAGUUCAAGUACCAUAUAAACGCAUCAAGAGCAAUCCAGGUUCAGUCAUCAUAGAAGGCUUACCUCCUGGAAUUCCGUUUCGGAAACCCUGUACAUUUGGGUCACAGAACCUAGAGAGGAUACUAGCGGUGGCUGAUAAAAUCAAAUUCACAGUAACGAGACCCUUCCAGGGACUUAUCCCAAGGCCAGAUGAUGAUGAAGCAAACAGAUUAGGCGAAAAGGUGAUACUCCGUGAGCAAGUGAAAGAGCUCUUCAAUGAAAAAUAUGGAGAAGCUCUGGGGUUAGGCCGUCCUGCGCUGGUACCUUACAAACUUAUUAGGGAUAACCCUGAUGCUAUUGAGGUCACUGGACUGCCAAACAACAUCCCCUUUAGAAAUCCAAAUACCUACGACAUCAAUCGGCUUGAAAAAAUCCUAAAAGCAAGGGAUCACAUCACCAUGGUGAUAAUAAAUCCUUUACAGCCUUUUUCUGAAAUCUGCACUGAAGUCCCACAAAUACAAAAAGACGUCACUCCUAAAAGAAAGAGAAAGAGAGUCUCUGAAGGGAAUUCUGUAUCCUCAGCAUCUUCAAAUUCCUCUUCAUCCUCCUCCUCUUCCUCUUCAAAUGUAGAAGCUCUGUCCUCAGCACAUCCAAUGUCACUAGUGCAGUGGCCCAUGUACAUGUUGGACUAUGGUGGUGUGAAUGUGCAAAUUCCUGGUCCUAUGAACUACUAGUCAUCAAUGCACACUUUGGAUGCUAAAGGAAAUCCUGUAAUUUAUGUACAAAAAUUGUAUAUUUCAAUAUGUAUUAAUGCCUUUUUAUUUUAUUUUUUUUUUCAAUGAUUUUUACAGUAUGUUCCUGUCAUACACAAAGGCCUUUUUAAAUAAAAUGUGUUGCCUUGUUCUGAACUGAA